AUGAAAGGGAUUGAUAUAAAUCGAGAUUCAAUUAUUAGUAAACGUUUUUCACAAUUAAUUGAACCAAUUGAUCAUUUAAAUAAUGAAAAUAAUUCUUCAUCGUGUUUAAAUUUAUUAAGUACACAAGCUGGACAAAAAAUUGAGACCUUAAAACGAUCUCAAACAUCUUAUGAAACAUUAAAACCAGAAUUAGCAAGAUAUGAAUGGUCAGAAAAGGAAUUAUUACAUACAAGUACUGUACGUAUGUUAGUUCAAAUAGGUCAAGCUAUGGUUACAGCUGAACAACAAAUUUCUAUUGCAAGUGAUGCAAGAAAAUUAAUUGAACAACUUGAUAUGAACUCAUUACAAGAAUUAAGAUUAGUUAUUAAAGCAGAAAAACCAGUAGAAGAUACAUUAGCUGCUAUUAUUAUGAUUUUAAAAUCUCCAACAGCUGAUAUAACACGGCAAAAAGAUGCGAAAAGACAAUUAGCUAAUCUUGAUAGAUUUAUUGAAGAAACUCAAUUAUUUGCUAAAAUUAAUUUAUCAGAAGAACAUAUUGAUUUAACUAGUGCAAUUAUUGAUAAAGUUGAACUUGAAAAUAUAUCACUUAAUCAAACAUCUUAUUAUAAUACUGUUUUAACACUUUACAAAUGGAUUUAA